AUGGUUGGUAGAAUGAUUCAGAAGUACAGUGAAGAAAUUGGCGAGGAGCAAGCUGGCAACCAACAAUCCACAGUCAGAACUACGUUCAGCGACACAGACUGGUUCACCAUCAGAAGAGGAGUGAGACAAGGCUGUAUCUUAUCACCAUAUUUGUUUAACAUCUAUGCACAGUAUAUCAUGAGAGACGUACUGGACAGCUUUGAAGGCGGAGUUAGGAAUGGUGGCAUGACCUUGAACAACCUGAGAUUUGCCGACAACACAACACAACAGAGGAUGGUGAAAUUAAUGAAGGAAAAGAGCGAGAAGCAUGGACUCCACCUCAAUGUUGCCAAGACAAAGGUCAUGACCAGGGACAGCCUGACCAAGAUACGCAGAAUUAAGCACACAAGCGGUAAUUGGCAGUGCCUCUUGCUGUCAGCCGAGAUCGCAUCCAAAGAUCUCUGA